UGGCUACACCACAACGAUCCAUCCAUCCAUCCAUCUGUCUCGAACGCAAAUUCUAUUGCAGCAGCAAAUAAACCGACGAGCUGUACGUAGCUUAGCUUCCAUCGCGCGGGUGGUAGAUUGAUGGCGAGCAACAAGCAAGGAGGAGGCAAGCAGCAGGCAGCUGCUGCUAGUCCUGGUCCUGAUCAGAAAGAUGAAGAGCUUGACCCCAAGUUCGAGUGGCUCGACAAUGCCAACAACUUCCUCCUCCGCCUCUACCUCACUGGUUUCAAGAAGGAAGAUUUCAGGGUGCAAGUAGACGGCACGGGCAAGCUGACCGUCCGGGGGCAGCGCCCCGCCGCCGGCAGCAAGCACAACACCCGCUUCCACAAGGUCUUCCAGCUGCCCUCCAACGCUAACAUCGACGACAUCACCGGCCGCUUCGAGGCCAGCGUCCUCACCAUCACCGUCCCCAAGCGCCCCGCCCCGACCUCCUCCGCGCCAGCUCCCACCUCCGUACAGGAGAUCAAGCAGAAAGCGCCUACCGCCAAGCAGGAGCCCCAACCCCAAUUCGACGAGGCACCCAACAAGAAGAAACAACAACAGGAGGAGGAGGAAGAAGCAGCCAAGAAGAAGCAGCAGCAGCUGCAGGAAGAGGAAGAAGCAACCAAGAAGAAGCAACAGGAGGAGGAGGAAGAAGCAGCCGCCAAGAAGACGAAGAAACUGCAGGAGGAAGAGGCGAUUGCCAAGCACAAGCCUGCAACGACGACCGAGAGGAAGCAGGCAGAGCCUACUACUGCUGCACCGCUACCGGGGCAUGUCGUCGAUCGGGAGAGCCUGGCGGAGAAGGUGAAGCGGCGCGCCGAGGAAGAGUGCGCCAAGGCGGCGGCUGCGGCGGAGGAGAAGACGGCGACGGCGUUGAGCAGGUGGAGAGAGCGCGUGGCGGGGGAGCUGGAGCAUCUGGGAGACAUGAGGUGGGCGGAGGGCGUGGUGGAGACGGCGAGGAGGAACAAGGAUGUCAUCGCCACCGCCGUCGCCGCCUUCUCCCUCGGCUUCUUCGUCUCCCACAAGUUCUUCUGCAGGAGGUGAUCCAAUCCAAUCCAUCCAUCCAUCACACCGUAUCUCCAUGCCCAUGUAAUCUGAAUUAAGCAAAUGUGAAUGUAAAGCGGCCAAAUCUGUGUAAAUUUGCAAGGAAUAUAUUUGAUUCAACUACCAUAUGUA